GUCGACUGAAGCGGAAGCGCUGACGAGUCGUCUUCCUUCUGGCCGACUCUCAGGAUGAGGAUCGGUCACAGUCUGAUCAUCUCACACCAGCAGUUCCUCUCCCUCCUCCCGAAUGCAGAUUAAGAGGCAUGCCAAAAGAAAAAUAUGAUCCUCCAGACCUGCGCAGAUUAUAUACCAUCAUGUCAGCAGAGGAGGUGGCCAGUGGAAAGAAGUCACACUGGACAGAGUUAGAGAUUUCUGGGCGGGUCAGAAUCCUGAGCAGUUCAUUAUGGGCGCUGACACAUUUGACUGCUCUUCACAUCAAUAACAACAACCUUAGCCGGAUUCCUCCUGAAAUCGCGAAGCUACCCCAUCUCGUCUACCUGAACCUGUCCUCCAACAAACUGCGCAGCCUGCCAGCAGAACUCGGCAACAUGGUGACUCUCAGGGAAUUGCUUUUGAACAACAAUUGUUUACAAGUUUUGCCUUAUGAACUUGGUCGGCUGUUUCAGUUGCAAACCCUCGGUCUCAAAGGUAAUCCAUUAUCCCAGGAUAUACUCAGCCUUUAUCAGGAGCCUGAUGGAACAAGAAAGUUAUUGAAUUACAUGCUUGACAAUCUAGCAGUCCACCCAGAACAACUCCCCCAAAGAUCUUGGAUCACAUUGAAGGAGCGAGAACAAAUGAUGCCCACAGCUGUGUUCACAGUUAUGUGCUACAAUGUAUUGUGUGACAAGUAUGCAACAAGGCAGUUGUACGGCUACUGUCCCACCUGGGCCCUUAACUGGGAAUACAGGAAGAAAGGCAUCAUGGAAGAGAUCACUAACUGUGACGCUGACAUCAUCAGCCUGCAGGAGGUGGAAACAGAGCAGUACUACACUUUCUUUCUGGCAACAUUGAAAGAGCGUGGAUAUGAUGGCUUUUUCUGUCCAAAGUCUCGUGCCAAACUUGUGUCAGAACAGGAGAGGAAACAUGUGGAUGGCUGUGCUGUGUUUUUCAAAACUGAGAAAUUUGCACUGGUGCAGAAACACACAGUGGAGUUCAAUCAGGUUGCCAUGGCAAACUCUGAGGGCUCUGAGAUUAUGCUUAAUAGAGUCAUGACCAAAGAUAACAUAGGAGUAGCUGUCCUAUUGGAGGUGAAAAAAGACAUGUUUGCUAGUGAUUUAAAGCAGCCUCCAGAGAAACAACUCCUGCUGGUAGCUAAUGCCCACAUGCACUGGGAUCCAGAGUAUUCCGAUGUGAAGCUCAUCCAGACCAUGAUGCUCCUGUCUGAGCUGAAGAGCAUUGCUGAAAAGGCUUCAGGCUCCAUCAACUCUGCCUCACCCACUUCAGACACCCGCUUCAUCCCUAUAGUCCUGUGUGCUGACCUGAACUCUCUCCCAGACUCUGGUGUAGUGGAGUAUCUGAGCAAUGGUGGUGUUUCAGAAAAUCACAAAGACUUUAAGGAACUACGCUACAGCGAUUGUUUAACCAACUUCAGCUGCAAUAGCAAAAACGUCAAGCCCGACGGCAGUAUCACGCACAGUUUCCAGCUGAGAAGCGCCUACGAGGGGAAUCUGAUGCCCUUCACCAACUACACUUAUGACUUCAAUGGUGUGAUUGACUAUAUCUUCUUCUCUAAGACACACAUGAGCGUUCUGGGAGUUCUGGGUCCACUAGAGUCUCAGUGGCUGAAAGACAACAGCAUAACCGGCUGCCCCCACCCACACAUCCCCUCCGAUCACUUUUCCCUCCUUGCUCAGCUGGAGUACCUCCCAUCUUUGUCCUCCCUCAAUGGGUUGCAUCUGCCUGUCCACAGGUAGUGCAGCCCCUUCCCCUACUCUCCUAAAGCCCCCAUCCAUGGAUGAACCUUUAUCAUAAGGCCCUAAAAUUAUAGUUGCACAUAUCAAGGAGUAUUUAUCCACUUUGUUCCUUUUUUAACCUUUGCACAGGAUUUUAUGAUAUUAUUAUGACUUUAUUCAAAAACAAAAGCCUUAUUCCAAAUUAGGGUUGGGAUUCUUCACUGUGUAUCAGUGAUAAAUGCUGCUUUCAGGGAGAUCGAUCAGUUUGUCUGAAUGUGAGAAUGUGUAGCCACGUGUCUUUAUAGCAAUGGUAGAAGUGUGCAAAUUAUGCAAAGACCGAUGUCUUAUGUAGCGUAACAGUUUCAGCCACCACAUGAGUAUUACUAAACAAAAACAAAAAAACUGUUUCUGUUUUGGUCAGCAUCCUCUUGUUGAUACAUUUAAUAUAUAAUUUACUGUCUAUAAAUGUAAUUAAUGUUAACAAAUUAUACAUCUUUUCAAAUAUCUAAGGGUUCAACAUUGAUAUCCGAUCUCUGUUUCAUGAUAGCAAUGCUCCAGAAACAGCAAUUUAGUUAUUUGUGCCAGGAGUACAAAUGAAAACAUGCAAUAUCAAAACGGGACUUCAUAUCUUUGUUACGAAAACACGAUCGCCAGAUGAAUCCAGUUCGCCACACUUGGGUCAACUGUCCAUGUCAAGCGUUCAUUGAAAAACAUUCAAUAGCACUUUUUGUCCAUAAAAGUGACAAAUCUGAGAAAUAUUGAUAUAUUCUCCAUUGUUUACAUGAGAUCUCGCCUGAAAGAAUUACCCUUCGUCAUUGUUCUCCAACAAACUAUGCAAUCUGAGCAGCAUUCAUGUUGUAAAACUGUAUAUGAUCUUAUAUAUUAGAGUCCCGUAAACCAAAUGAGUCUGUCUCCAAAGUCUGUUUGUAAAAAUGCAGCAUAGUUUUAUUCAUAAUAGCCAAGCAGUGCAGUCAGAUUUUGUGUCGUCUGGAAAGGCGGACCUUAAUUUUACUCAGAGAAAAAAAGCUUGCAGGAACCUCAUUUUUUGUUAGAUCAUCUUCAAAUUUGAAACAUAACUUCUUUCGUCUUGUGGCUUUGAGAACAUUGUAUUUCUGGGUUGUCUUGGCACUUUUAUUAUUGUCUUUUAGAUUAUAUUACAUGUUCAGCACAAAAUAUUUCCAUUACUUUAAACUUAAUUUUCUCUAACUUUAAAAAAUAACAACAUAUAUUAAUUCUUAAAACCAAACUUUCAAAAGAUACUACAACUGUGUCCAUACUCCAAAGGGUCCAGUAAAUAAAACCAUUUAAGUUGAGGUAUGUUUUUUUCUUGGUUUGUGCUCAAAAAGGCAGUGUGUAUCAACAGGUUAAAAUUCCCUCAAACCUUAAUUAUGCCAUUCAAUUUCAAAUCUAUUAAGUAAAAUGUUUUUCAAAAAUUGUCUUUGUUAAGUACAGAAUUUACAGUAUUAAAGAGGAUCCCAGCCCUACUGAUUAUAACCAAGCUGUUUAUGUUUGUUGUUUUCUCCUGCUGCUUGCAAUGACAUCCAGAUAACAUCCCGGCACUGAUGCAAAGAUAACAUCCCGGUACUGAUAUGUACUGACACAAUGCAAAGAUAACAUGGUUCUCAGUAACAAGCAAUUUGAAAAUCAUAGACAAUGGAAUCUCUGAUUGGCCAAGGUGAUUGCUAUUAAAUUGCAAUCUAUAAUUGCUUCUAUUGUUGACCUAGCCAUUGUCAACUCUAGAAUAGGACAUUAUCUCAUUUGUUUGGCAUAAGUGUACAUAUCAAGAGCAUUGCCAUUGUUGGAGACCGUUUUUAACUCACUGUUAUAUCUGUCCUUUUUUAUGGUACUUGAGGUCAGCCAACUAAGAUAUCAGCUUUCACUAAAUUACAAUUAAUUGACUUUGCAUAAACUGAAGUUUUAGUAUUUCUUUUUCUAAAAAGUGUAUUUGAUAUUAGAGGCAUUAAUGUUAUUGUUUGUUAGAUAAUGAACGGUUUCUUGUGAAAUAAAACAUUAAAGGAAUAUUCCAGGUUCAGUACAAGUUAAGCUCAAUCAAAUACUGUUAAAAUACUCACUUUUUCACAAUGAUACCCACAAGGCAAGAACAAUAUGUGUGUUAACAUGAUUUUAGUUUCAUAAAAUAAUUUACCUUUUCUGUGUAAAGUUAUAUCCAGUUUUACAAAGCCAUCGAUUUAGAUUUGAGUCGAAAAAAAUUUUUUGGUAAUCAACAUUAUGCCACAAAUUCCAUUGAAUAAGCUUAACUUGUAUUGAACCCGGAAUAUUCCUUUAAUAAACUAAAACAUUUCUCCAAGCUAGCAAUCAUUAAAACAUCUUAAACAAGAUUUUGUGCUUCGUAAAAAUGCUGGACCAAAGCGUUUUUAUUCUAAGCACUAUUACUAGCAUAAGUUGCCCUUUGCUAUUUGUCUAUUUCUACACCACAUCUCUGGUUUUAGUUUCAACAAACACACCUAAGCUAUAUGACACCAAGCAAUGUCUAGCUGCCCUAACAUGCUUCAUCAGACUGUGCUUUGCUUAGUGUUUUGUGAGCUGGUAAAUAGUUUCAUAAGGAAAAGAUCAGCGCUACAGAGAGAAAGGCACUGUAAUAUGUGUGAUGCAUGUCCCUUUUAACUUACAGCCAUUCAUCUUAAAAAAUAAAUACAAUAACCAGAAACUCCUACUCCCUGUCAAUUUUGCUGACAAGUCCAUUUUUGGUUAGGAUAAUGACACCACCCUAAUAUUUUACUGACAUGCUGAUUGCCAUCAGAAAAAAAAAAAAAACUACAACUAAGCAAUAAAAGCAUUGUAAAAUAUCCACACCCAAUCUUACAAAAUGUCAACAAACACACCUAAGCUAUAUGACACCAAGCUUCACCCAAUCUUACACUCAUCCACUGUAUAAUAUCAUAAGCGGCAUUCUUUUAAAGUUUUACAGAAUAUUAAAAGAAAUACUGAAUUGCAUAUAGAGCACACCACUUUGAUAAAACUGUGCCUAGUCUGAACCAUCUUUUUUACACUGCCUGUGAAAGCAAGACGCUUACAGAAUGAGUCAGCAGCACCAGCAUCCAUUCAUCCAUCUCUUCUCUUCACCAGAGAGACAUUUUUUGCACUUAAAUAUGUUUGAAACCAAUCAAGUAAUGCCCACAAAAAAGUGUUCCUCACCCAGGGAUAUAUCUGGUUCAUGUCUGUUCUUCAAAUUUCAUCAGAUUGGUGGACAAAUGUUAUUCCCCUUUAAUUAGAAUGUUGCUAAGAGUGAAUUGUGUAUUUAUACCAGCUGAAUAUAUUUACUGACUGCCAAACUCUUUUUAAUCCUGAAUGUUCAGUUUGUGUUUUUAAAGUAGAAAUAAAAGCAUGUGGCAAAUAGUCUUUAUAAUAGUAACUGGUGUUACUAUUGAUGAAGGACUGAUGAAGGCAUGAUUGUUGGGUGAUGUAAAGCAUUGUUUUACCAAGGUACUAUGACUAGAAUAGCCAAACUACAGAAUUUGUUCCCUGUAUGAUGACUGCAACAUCCUAUAGGCAAUUAUCAUUGACUUUUGUGUGAAACAAUGGCCUUUUCAUGCAGUUUUUACUCUACUGAGGAGCACAGGUUUUGUAAAUCUCGUUUGAUUUAAAAAACAAAACUCAUCUUUAUUGUGGCCUGUAUGUGACCUGUUUAUACAACAAUAAAAUCACAAUCAACUGAAUGUAUUGUCCUUGUCUUUGCACCUUGAAGACAUUAAAGAUGUCCUUUUUGA